GGAGCACAGGGCGUAGGACCCGCCCAAAACCAUAUCGGAUUGGCUAAAACAUCUGGAAAGGCGGAACCAACAAACUGUUUAAAAUACGAUGCCGCGCAUUGGAUUUUUGCUUUCACUUUCAAGUGCGCCUUUUCGUCUUGGCCUUCGCUGAGUCGACGGACCGACCAUCAUCCUGAUUGCACGAUCAACUUCUUCAAGAAUUCACUCAAAGCCUGCAAGAACCUUCGUUGAAAUUCACAGACAAAAGUCUUUUGUUCCAGCACCUUCUUGAGACGGACGUCGUCCUUCAGAAGUCUUGACUGAGCCACGCCGCUUCCUUCAACUCCGUCACGAAGGGAAAACUGCGUUUACAGGAGCAGCCAACACAAGUCAGUGCUGUAGCAAUGCAUCACCUCCUUUCCAUGUUUUUACUGCUAGCCAUUAUUGGGCAGCAUGUGAGCGUUCAGUUCCCAGGAAGACAUUACAAAUCAGUGUUGACCGUGUCUAACGGAAUGUCCUGGGGGUCGUGGGGUCAUCAGGACAUGUGUCCAACUGGAAUGUAUGCUGCAGGAUUCAGUCUGAGGGUGGAAAGUCAUGUCUCUGGUGAUUUUGAUGAUACAGCACUCAAUGGGAUUCGUCUUCACUGUGUAUAUUGGUCCAGAGUAUCAGAAGCAUAUGCUGUGUCCAACGCAGGACACUGGGGUGAGUGGACAAAUAUCAAGUGGUGUCCUUCUGGAUUCUUAAAGGCUUUCCAGCUGAGAGUCGAACCUUCCCAAGGAAAGGGUGAUGAUACGGCCGCAAACAACAUCAUGUUCAGCUGCAGUGAUGGUGUUGUGCUGACGGGUGACGGCACAGGCUGGGGUAAUUGGGGCAACUGGAGCCCAGUGUGUGAUGGAAGAGGAAUCUGCGGCAUCAAGACGCGGGUAGAAAAUCCACAGGGGAAUGGAGAUGACACCGCUCUCAAUGACGUGCAAAUGUACUGCUGUGAUUAAGGUGUAGGAGGAUGACAACAAGAACAGCAAGAAGACCAAAUGGAUUGUCAUAACUGAUCAUCAUACUAUGAUAAUCUAACAUGAACCAUGUCAUAAAACAGUUUUGUAAGGGAUAAUUCACAUUUGCACAAAACAAAGAAUCUGCCAAGAUGUCAUCGGACCACCCCACUGGAUGUACGCAAAGACAUGAUUGCACAUUUCUCAGUAAAGACGAAGACAGGGCACUGCAGAUGCUGCAAUAAUGGAUACACAAAUACACUGUAGCAAGUGUAGCAAUGUUUGUCUGUGCUUCUCAGAUAAAAAGAACUUA